UCCAGCUUGAAAUCAAAACAUAUUCGAACGUUGUCGCAAACGGACGUACUAAACGCUGGAAAUAAUUUGAAAAAAAAACUGAGAGUUUAAUAAAAGAAAAAAUAAAUUGACAAAAAUUGCAUGAAUAUUAAUGAUCAUUAAUUGACAUUAAAUGGAAAUAAAGCAAAAUUACAAAAUAACCGCUAAUCACAACAAUUUUAAGAAAAAUCCUAGUGAUUUGUGUUAAAAAAGUGUGAAGUUUUCACCAUCAAAAAUUCAAAGAUUAAGUUUCAUUGUGCAGAUUUUCUUCAAAAUAUUUUGUCAAAUCUUCGUUUCUUUACCUUGGUUGGAGCAGUCUGUAACGAGUUUUCAUCAUCAUCAUGGCUUUCUCAUUGAUUAGUCGCAGUCUGUUGCGUACUUCCAGAGAACUACUGGAACGCAAUAUGGCUGUCGGUGCAGUUUCUAUGUUAAAUGGUUUUGUGGAUAUUGAAAUGCAUCCUUCCCAUCCAACGCGCACAAUUUCAACAUCCACACCAGCUUUGAUUCGUCAAACCCCUCAGUAUUUACAAACACCCGUGCCUCCCAAUAGUACCGUGAAUCCAGCCUCCCAUGUCUACAAGAAAAAAUCCAAGCAUCCCAAACGCCAACAGGAUGAGGAGAGCGGUAGCGAUACAGAUUCAGAUGAUGAAUUCGAACGCAAAAGACAAAAUAUGCACAAGAAAUAUAGUCAAAAGGGUGAUUCUGAAUUCUGGCGCCGCAAAAUGCGUACCCUACAUCGCAUUCUGGAUAUCAAUCGUGAUGGUGUCAUCUCUUUUGAUGACUUUAAGUUGUUGCAUAAACGUUUUACCGAUUUGGGUCAUUUGAAUGAGGAGUUAUCUGCCGAAUUCUUACAUGUCAUGGAAGAAACCUGGAAGGAACAAUUUGGUGAAAUUACACCCUACAAUCUGAUCAAUGCUGAUCAAUUUUUGACUGAUUUACAUCAUCGUUUGAACGAUAAGAAAAUGUUUAAAACCAUGGGAAAAUUCCUACCCUAUUUGUUUAAGGCUGUUGAUUAUGACCAUAGUGGUCACUUGGAUUUAGAUCAAUAUAAAUUAUUUUUCCGUUGCUUGGGGCUCUCCAAUGAAGAUGCUGCCAUUUCUUUUGCUGUGAUAGAUAAAAAUGGCGAUGGCCAAUUGUCGCUCAAAGAGUUUGUCCAUUUGGGUCGCCAAUUCUUCAUUACCGAAGAUGAGAGCAAGAUCUCAAAAAUGUUCUGGGGGCCUUUGAUUGAUCAUUGACUUGAAGAUUAUGCCCACGAAGCCGUCAUGUCUCUAUUGGCUCGUGGCAGAUGGUUAGAUAUACAACGUUGUGCCGCCAUUAUAACUUAUUUAUGCGUAAAUUCUAUAUACGAAAGUUUCCGUGAUCAUUUCUCAUGGGGCGAAGAACGCGAUGAAAGCUUUUAUUUAAGAAUAUUUUUUUAUGUUAACUCCUUAAUUUUACUGUCUAUAUCUUGGCGAAAAUAUAAACGCCAGGAACUAAAACCCAUUAUUGUUAGGCAUAUAAGAAAAUUCAAUAAACUACGUAAGAAGGCAAAAAAGAAGAAGCGGAGAAAACAAGCCAUUACGUGUUGAAAUUGUAAAA